GUCUCGCAGCUCACAAUCCAGUUGAUCUCUUAAAUAAGAAAUCAAGUGAUAUUACUAGAAAUUUUAAAUUGCUAAAUCACAGUCUUAAACCGAUAUAACAGAAGAGCGCGAUCUGAUCCGAGAGCGGCCGAAGGAUGGCGGGGGAUCCGAAUUUACAGGAAUCGGGUUGGGAAGAGCUCCGCAAAGAAGCUCGCAAAAUCGAAGGCGAUCUCGACGUCAAGCUCUCUUCGUACGCUAAGCUUGGUGCUCGCUACACUCAAUCUGGUUAUGUGGAUACUGCUUCACCAACUGCUGGCAGGUCAUGGCAGUCUACGGAAAUGGAAAUUCAGUCAUUGCUUGAGAAACUACUUGAUGUCAAUGAUUCUAUGAGCCGAUGUGCUGCAUCUUCUGCUCCAACUACUUCGGUAACACAGAAACUGGCAAGGCACAGAGACAUACUUCAUGAGUUCACUCAGGAAUUUAGACGAAUUAAAGGAAAUAUACUUUCAAUGAAGGAACAUGCAGAACUUUUGACUUCUGUAAGGGAAGAUAUCAGUGAGUACAAGUCAUCUGGAUCACCCAGGAUGCAGUUACUAAGGGAGAGAGCUGCCAUACAUGGAAGCAUAUCACACAUGGAUGAAGUAAUUAGUCAAGCACAAACUACGAGGGCCGUCCUGGGCUCUCAAAGAGCUAUGUUUGGGGAUGUUCAAGGGAAAGUGAAGCAACUAGGCGAAAAAUUUCCAAUUGUUCGAGGACUAAUCGGUUCAAUUAGAAGAAAGCGUUCAAGAGACACACUCAUCCUAGCUGCGGUGAUAGCUGCUUGUACAUUGUUUCUCAUCAUAUAUUGGCUUUCAAAGUAGACAGAUUUUGUUAUUUUUCGAGAUGUAAAAUUGGAGAUUUUCCUGAUGAAAAAUGUAACUAACAGUAGUGUCAUAUAAUUUCUACUCGGUAUAUUUCCUUAGUA